AACUGACGGUGGUGUCGGUCGGUCGGUGCCGCUGCUGAGCAGAAAAAGAAAGACGGGGCAAAGAUUUGUAAAGUGGAACCACGAAGCCAUUUGAAACUUAAAAUACACAUUAACUUUCAAGAGGAAUAAACCUGUUACAGGCCCUACACACUUGAGUGUAAAUUAGGGCAGCAGUGAUGUCAGGCUCCUACGAUGACUCCAUGAUCGAUGUCUCCAGUGAUAGUUUCUGGGAGGUUGGAAAUUAUAAGCGUACAGUGAAGCGGGUAGAUGAUGGCAACCGACUCUGUAACGAUCUCAUGAACUGUCUUCAUGAAAGAGCACGCAUUGAAAAGGCCUAUGCACAGCAGCUCACAGAAUGGGGCAAGCGGUGGCGGCAACUCAUAGAAAAAGGCCCUCAGUACGGUACGUUGGAGCGGGCAUGGUCUGCUCUAUGCACAGAGGCAGAGAAGGUCAGUGAACUCCACAUGGAAGUGAAAGCAGCACUGAUGGGAGAAGACUACGAGAAGUUGAAGAACUGGCAGAGAGACGCCUACCAUAAACAGAUGAUCGGCGGAUUCAAAGAGACUAAGGAGGCUGAUGAUGGCUUCCGCAAGGCUCAGAAACCUUGGGCAAAGAAACUUAAAGAGGUGGAGACCAUGAAGAAGUCCUACCACUCAGCCUGCAAAGAAGAGAAGUUGGCAGCCAGCAGAGAGACCAACAGCAAACUAGAGAGCAACAACAACCCAGAGGCCCAGAAGAAGCUCCAGGAGAAGGUGGAGAAGUGUCAACAGGAGGCGCAGAAGACUAAGGAACGCUAUGAGAAAUCCCUCGAAGAGCUCGACAAGUUGACACCUCAGUAUAUGGAGAACAUGGAGCAGGUAUUUGAGCAGUGGCAACAGUUUGAAGACAAACGUAUCCGAUUUUUCAGAGAGCUGCUGCUGGAGGUCAAACAGCACCUGGAUCUCUCAACCAAUCACAGGUUUCAGACGGUCUACCACACGUUGGAAGACACAAUUUCAGGCACUGACGCUGAAGAGGAUCUGAAAUGGUUCCGGUCCAAUCAUGGCCCUGGCAUGCCAAUGAACUGGCCCCAGUUUGAGAAUUUGGACUGGUCCCAUCCCCGCUCCUUUAAAAGAUGGUCCAUAGUAGACUGGUCCAUAGACCUGAACCGGACACUCAGCAGGCGAGAAAAGAAGAAGCCGUCUGAGGGCGUUACACUGACGGGCAUCAGUCAAACUGGGUCCGAUCAGCCGGUUCAGACUGUCAAGACCAGCAGCAGCCUGACUGUGCCUACUAAAACAGCACCGGUGGGUUCAAACCCCUUUGAAGAUGAUGAAGAUGAGGAGGAGGAGGUGGAGGAGGAGGAGAUGUCCGUGGAGCAGCAGACCACAGUCAACCACAUCAGUGUCAAUAAAGAGGAAAUAAAAACUGCUAGCAGUGUGGAGAAGACUCCAGACUGGUCAGAUGAAGACACUGGCGUUAACCCUUUUUCUGCCAACGGCGAUGGGAAUCCAUUUGAGGAUGAGCCAUCUUCUCCUGUCAUAUCUGUCCCUGUUCGAGCCCUCUAUGACUAUGAUGGACAGGAGCAGGAUGAGCUGAGUUUCAAAGCAGGGGAUGAGUUUACCAAGAUUGGUGAAGAAGAUGAUCAGGGUUGGUGCAAAGGUCGACUUAAGGGUGGACAAAUGGGCCUCUAUCCUGCUAAUUAUGUUGAAGACAUCCAGUAACAGAUGCUCACAAGAAAAGAAAAACAAUGUGAAGACCUGGCCCGUGUUCAACUCUAUUCUCCCUGUUGAAGACUGUAUAGGAGUGGGAGAAGGACAGAUCAGAGAGGUUGCAGAGUAUAGAAGGACCACUUAGAAUAUUGUCGCUUGUUACAGAAUGUCCCUUAUUGCAACUAUGUACAAAAGUGGAAAUUAACCACUUCCAGUAUCAUUUGAAGUGUUUCUAAAUGAUUUCAAGUGAACCACAGAGAAGAAUGUUACUCAGUUACAAAUGUCUUAGAAUCCCAUUUAUGCUGUUACAAAAACCAUAGCUUUUCUAGUAGAUAUGAGACAAGACUCAAUUAAAUAAAUUUAACUAUCACUCUAAAUGCAUAAUUUUUUAAAAUAAACACUGAGAUGACAAAUCAUCUUUCAAUGUUACAUGCAGCCUUAAAAUGCAAGCCACUAUGGAUUCAUUAAGGGAGAUGACCAUCUUUAUAGCACCAUUAUUCAUUUUAAGUUGCCACCAUGUCUGUUAGAAUCCAGUCCAUAACUGUUAACUGUUAGAGCUAAAAUCAGUCCUUGUGUAAAAUUAUAAUUGUCAGAUUUAACAUGCUUUUAAAUUACUUUCAGGGUUUUGAUUCUUAUUUAGUUAAAAAUGUAUUUUUCUGAAAUAGGAAUGACCAUUAGAGAUUUGUUUUGCCAUUGUUUUCAUUUACUUCACGGUGGGAAAGUUUAUUGUAGUCACUGCAAUUGAAUGUAUAUUCACUGAUUGUAUAGUUCACUCACUGAUGGGUCGCUUUUUCCCUCGUCAACAGCCCUCAGGCCUUUCACGUAAACAUCUCUACUUUCUGUUGAUUGUAGAUUCAAAUACUUUAUUCAUUCAACACUGAAACAUUAAUUCACUUGAAGCUCCAUGCUUUGAUUCUCUCAUUUGUUGGAAAAUAUCGAGCUAUGGGAGAAUAUUUUAACAUUUUUAAUAUAUAGCAAGGUAAGCAAUAAACCUUCAGAUGAGUAUUGUGUUGCCUGCGUGCAUGUAAAUAGCCUUAAUUAAACAUAUUGGAGCAAAUUAAACAUUGAGAUCAGAUGAUAUGUAGUUGGACAUUGAUGAUUGUUAAUUUAUGAUGCCACAAGUGCUUUUGUCCUACUCUUGUUAGAAUGCUGUGACUGAGAAUCAGUUUGUACAGUAAUUGAAUGUUUUAUGGCAAAUAUCCCUUGUUACUUUGUUAUAUUUGUAAAUAUGAAAAUGUUUCCCUUUGCAUAGGGACAUACUCAUUGCAUUAAUCAACAAAUGUUAUGUGAAAAGUUGCUCUGAAGCUAUGCCAUGGUCAUGGAUGGAUACGCCUGAUUUCAUUACUUUAACACAUAUAGUUUGAUCAUCAUUUAUUUAGUAAGCCUACACUCUGGAGGAAUACACUGCACGCUUUUCACUUGUGCAACCUUUAAAUUCAUGAAUUGCAUAGUGUUUUGAUAAAAAUCUGAUGCCUUCAACUGCAGCCGAAGAGGAAGAUAAAUUAUUUUGUCUUUAAAAAGGGUGAGAAAGGAGGUGUUUGCCAUGUUUUCAGGGCUGUCGUCACACAUGGUAACAGCUGUACUUGCACAGUAAGGUUUGUAAAUGUUGUCCCACAACAUAAUAAAUGCAUAUAAUGGAAAAAUA